GGCACGGAGCGUAUCCGUGUUGCCAGGGCGAUGGGUGAGUCAUCAUCUGUCCAAUCUGAGAAGCUUCGCUCAUUGGCUUGCUCGCUCUCUGAGAUGGGAUUGGAUAAUGGAAAUCCCCCGGGCAGCGUGAAGCAGCCUACCACGGAGCCCACCAUAGAGCUUGGUAAAGGAACAUUCUUUGCAGACGGCCAGAGGAAGGUGGACUAUAUUCUGUGCUAUAACUAUAAGAAGAGGAGGAUCUCCCUGCAUCGUCUCUCCCUCACAUCUCAAGCAUCCAAUGGGAGCCUUCCGCUACCCAACAUGCUGAGACGAGAUACGCAGCCUGAGCUGGAGGCAGGGUUGCCAGAGGGGGAGGAGUCUCAACUGAGUGAGGAAGAGAAAGCUAUGAUGAGGGAGGAGUUUGAGUCUGGGCUGUUGGAGCAGGGCCUGCAGCUGGAGAGAGACAAGGAGUCUAGGUCCCAGGGUAUAGGGUUUAUCCGGCUGCAUGUUCCCUGGGCGACGCUGAGCAGAGAGGCUGAGCUACAGAAGAUCAAAGUGCCAGUCAAAAAGAGUUAUGAGUUGCGGCAGCCUCAGGGCAUCGCGGGGAAAAUAGCAUUGUUGUAUCAAACCCUGAUCAAACCCUUCCGACCUGAUGUCCCAGAAACACUAAACACACAGUCCCACCAGAACCGAACAAAGACCCUCUCACACCCCUUCUCCAGAGACAAGCUACACCUGUUUGAAAUCAAAUCACAGGACAUUCUAUUUGACUACUCCGUACGCAGCAGAAUAAGACUGCCAGAGGUACAGACAAGAGGCUCUCUGAUUUGA